AUGAGUAUCAAUAGAAAUGCAGAUAAAAAACGCACAAUUGCUUAAUAACCUAGAGCAAUUAUAAAAAAAUUAGAUAAAUCUUAAAAACUUACAGAUGAAAUGGAAAAUGAUAUAAAAGAUGCAUUUUAAUUUUUUGAUACUGAUAAAACUGGUUAAAUUAAUAGAGCAUAAUUGCGUUCAAUAUUAGGGAAUUUCGCAUUUACUAAUAUGACCAUAAAAGAAAUAGAAGAAGAAUUAAGAAAUGAAUAUUCCGUAUCUAAAAAUAAUUUUUAUUUAGAAGAGGUUAUUUAAAUUAUUAUCAAAAAAUGGUUUUUAUAUGGAGGUAGGGAUAAUGAAGCAAAUGAAAUAUUUAAAUUGUUUGAUAAAAGAAACAAAAACAUAAUUGGAUUGCCUGAUAUAAAAUAUUUAUUUUCAUAAUAUUUAGAUAUAAAUGUUAAUGAUUCUGAUAUUAUCGAAUUUAUAUAAGAAGCUGAUUUAGAUUAAGAUGGUGUAUUAGAUAAAAAUGAAUUUUGCUCAAAACUUGGUUAUUUUUGA